AUGGUUCGACCACCAUCAUCUCGAGAAGAUUAUUCUUUAUCUACUGAUAAUACGAAUACAUCAUUUUCAUCAUUAUUAAGUGAAUCAGGUGAAUUUACUGUUACAUCGAAUUUUAGUCCAUUACCACAUACAACUACAAUAACUAAUAUUUCAACAGAAUUAUCUUCAAAUCGAUAUCCUUAUGUUGAACAAUAUUUAAAUAUUUAUUAUAAAAAAAGUCUUAGUCAAUCUAUGAUAUUAGCAACAAGUCAAUUAGUUGAAAAUACACUUGCACUUUAUGAUAGUAUGGAUGAUGAAGCAGCUAAUUCAUAUAUACUUUCAUUUAUUCUAUUACGUGUUGGUUGUUUAUCUAAAACAUAUGAUUUUGAACAAUUUAUUGAUAUGAAUCGAGAAGAAAAAGAUAGGAUUAUUAAAGAAAAUUGGUCAGGUGAAAAAGUUUUAAUGAAUUUAACAUCAAAAGAUGAUGAAAUAGAAAAAAAUUAUAAACGUUUUGAAGCAUUUUUUUCAACACUUGCUUGUCUUCGUUUUGAUGAUAUUAUACGAAUAAAUAAUGAAACGAAUUUAAAAAAAAUUAUUUAUUUAUUAAUUGAUGAUAUUCAAUCAACUAUUGUUGAAUAUCGUUUUACAAUAUUACUUGCUCUUGAAGCUAUUCUUCGUGGUUUAAUUACAACUGUUGCUCAUGGAAGAAGAAAUAAACCAGGAAAAAUUUCACCCUUUAUUGGACAUAAGGAUGCAACAAAAAUAUUCGAAUUUGUAUCAAUGGUUUUUACCAAAGCAAUAGUUCCUCGUCUUUCUGAUUCUGAAUCACAAAUUGGUCAUAUGGCAUAUCAAGCAUUGAUUGAAUUAUGUGAAAUUUGGCCAAAUUCAUGGAUAUCUAAAGAAAUUUUUGAUGAAUGUAUUUAUUCGAUUGUUUCACAAGAUGAUAAAUCUGAUUUUAAUAAUUCGAUUCGAGUUUUUCGAACAUUAUUAACUCAUAAUGAAUUUGAAAAAGAAUCUAUUCGUCAAUAUAUUCAACAUUUCCUAAUAAAAAUUUCAUCUGAUGAAUUUGAACUUCUAUCUGUACCAAAUACAACUUCAAUUUAUAAAUUAAUUAAUGAUAUAUUAACAAUUUAUCCAGAAAUGUUUUCAACAAAAAUGAUCUAUCAUUGGUCAAGUGGAAUAUUUCAAGAUAAUAAUCGAACACAAAAAUUAGCUUUAAAUUAUCUUUUAAGUCUUAUUCAAAUGAAUGAAGAUCAAUUUCAAUCAACGACAAUAUGGCCUUAUAUUAUUCAUGUUUAUGUGAAUAUAUUCAAGUUAAAUGUAAGUGAAGAAACAACAGCUUGUUUAAUACAUUCAAUAGAAAAUAAUUCUAAAAUUUCAACAAUUCUUUCAAAUAUAUCUGGUAUUGAAUAUUACAUUGAAACAAAAAUUUUUGAUAAUUCACAAAUAUCAUCAAUUCUUGUAAUUCUUCAAUUACUUCGUUCACUUUUUAUUCUUCAUAUUAAUCGACAACGAACAAAAAUGUUAAUUAAUGAUGAAGAAAAUGAUGAAGAAAUGAUUUGUCGAAAUAUUAGUAAACUUACAUUUAAAUUCAUUACACGUAUUUUUCAACAAGGUAAUAUUAAUAAAUCAAUAUUAAUGGAAUGUUUAACUGCUUUACAAACAACACUUUGUUCAUUACCAAGUGAAAAUAUUAGAGAGAAUUCACUUUCAUUAAAUGAUUUAAUUAAUGAAAUGAGAAUGAUGAUUACUACUCAUCAAUUAGCUGAUACAUCCAUUGAUACAGAUAUAAGUGAAUAA